UUCCGGUGUCGCGUUGUGUUUAGGUUGCCAAGCGACUCCCAGUCCCACAGCCUUGUUUUCUGCAGACACCAGGAGGUUGGACAAGGAAUGGCUCAUCAUUUGAGUUCAAAGUCUACCAGAACAUCUGUGUCAGUUAAAACCUCAAAGGGCCGAACUGGCAAAGAAGGGCCCCUAAUAUUAACUGCAGUGGCUUUGCAAGAUCAUAUUUUGCAUAAGCUUCAGCUUCAGCAUCUGUCUUUAGCUGAUCCUUAUAAAGGAAUACAAAUCAGACAAGAUGUUGUUUCCCAACCAGUGAGCAGAAAAACAGUAAAACCUGUUGUUGAUACAGGAAUAAGAAGGAGCAAAGCACGUAAAACAAAAGUGUCUAUAACAGACGAAGAAUAUGUUCUUGAUCCUAAUCCUCAUCCAUUAACAUUAGCCCAAAAACUGGGCAUUGUUGAAGCGCCUCCUAUGCCACUAACAAGUGAGGAGUGGAACAAAGUAAAACAAAGAUCUGUUGUCCAAGGAGACUCCUCCCAACCAUGCGCCAUAUGCAGAGAAGAGUUUGCACUGCACCCACAGGUGCUUCUUUCAUGCUCUCAUGUAUUCCACAGGGUUUGUCUAGAAGCAUAUGAAAGGUUUACGGGAAAAAAGACCUGCCCAAUGUGCAGAAAGAACCAGUAUCACACUAGAGUGAUUUAUGACGGAGCCCGUCUCUUCAGGGAAAAAUGUGCCACAAGGAUACAAGCAUAUUGGCGAGGAUACAUUGUAAGAAAAUGGUACAAAAAACUACGACAAACAAUACCUCCAAAGAACCCCAAAUUAAGAAAAAAAUUCUUUGAAGAUAAGCUCACAGAAAUAACAGACAGAUUGUUGGGGUCAUACAGUAUGGAUAUCGAGAUCCUUUUCAGGGAAAUUGACCACUCUCUUGUGGCCAGCCGAAAAGUGCUUUGUCAGUUCGAAGAAAAUUCUAUCAAAGAAAUCAGUGAAGAAGAAUGGCAAAAAAUUCAAACACAGGCUAUUCGGCAAGAAAUAUUUGACUGUCCCAUCUGUAUUAUGCCACUUCAUCACAAUACGGAUUUCCAUAAAGAUGAAUACAAGGGUCAGUGCUCCCGCACUGCAGUCCUUUUAUCCUGCUCGCACGUGUUUCAUCACGCAUGUCUUCAAGCAUUUGAAGAGUUCACGCUAGGGGAGGCCCACAUGUGCCCUCUGUGCCGCUCAUACUAUCAGAAGAAAAUACUGCCGUGAUCAAUUGGUUUUCAGUGUUUUAUUAAAUAGAUAUAUGCACUAUUUCAAAUAAAUUGCAAUCAAUAAGUAGAGCAUUGAAUUAGAAAACAAUGUAACGCAAAAAACUAAUUAAACUCACAAAAAAACAAACUGUAAAAGUCUUCAUGGAAUCAAAAUUUUUGGGACCAAAACAAAAGAAAAACAUAAAAGAUCAUUAAAGGACCGCUCAAUGCAGUAGAAUUGUAUAAUUAACAAGUGCAUAAUAAAAAGACUAUUUAACACCGA